AUGCGGCUACUUCAACUUGGAGCCAACGACCACUUAACGCUGACUAGGGAUGUUCAUGACAACAUACCUCCGUAUGCCAUACUUUCACACACAUGGGGCGACGAAGAUGGCGAGGUCACGAUUAAAGAUAUUCAAGAGAAUAAAGGGAAAGAAAAGCUCGGCUACAGGAAGAUUCUGUUCUGUGGGCAGCAAGCCAAGCGUGAUGGCAUCGAACACUUCUGGGUCGAUACUUGCUGCAUUGACAAGACCAGCUCUGCCGAGCUCGCCGAAUCGAUCAAUUCGAUGUUCCGCUGGUACAGGCAAGCUCAAAAGUGUUACGUGUACUUGGCAGACGUUACGCACACCAGCGCUCAAGCUGAUGAUGCAGCUCGAUCGACAUGGAAAUUGAACCUCCAGAAAAGCAGAUGGUUUACCCGCGGGUGGACAUUGCAGGAACUCAUCGCUCCUCCUGUUGUAGAGUUCUUCUCUUCAGACAACCAAAAGCUCGGAAAUAAGGAAUCGCUGCAGCAAACAAUUCACAAUAUCACACAUCUGCCAAUCCAAGCUUUGGUCCGAGAUGUCCGGCUUUCAGAGUUUUCGAUCGAAGAACGCAUCAAGUGGUCUGACGCUCGCAACACUACACGUGAAGAAGACAAAGUCUACUCUUUGUUGGGAAUACUCGAAGUGCAGAUGCCGUUGAUCUACGGCGAACAAGAGGGAGGAGCAUUUGCACGACUCCGCAGAGAGCUAUCUACACGCGAGACAUCUUUGGCCAGGAUAAUUGAGAAACUGCCCGUCGCUCCUGGAGCUAUGUUCGACUCUCAUGAGGAGGAGCACAAUGCUUACUGCGUACCAAACACCAGAGUCGGUAUCUUGCAAGAGAUCACUGACUGGGCCCAAGAUCCUGAAUCCCCAACAAUUUACUGGCUAUCAGGUAUGGCCGGGACAGGAAAGUCGACUAUAUUGCGAUCAUUGGCACUCAAGUUCUCGAAUACUGGUAUGCUUGCGGCGAGUUUUUUCUUCAAACGAGGGGAAGCAGACCGCGCCGGCGUAACAAAAUUGUUUACUACUAUUGCUUAUCAAUUAGCCCAGCGAGUACCAAGAGCGAUACCGCACGUGCAAAAGAGCAUCGAUACGGAUUCUACCAUCUUCUCGAAGACCACACGCGAACAGUUCGAUAAACUGAUAAUGAAUCCCCUCUCUGAACUUUCAGCAACGAGUACCAGCUAUGCCAACCCCAGUUUUGUAAUUGUACUUGAUGCCCUAGAUGAGUGCGAUCGAGAGGAGGAUAUCAAACGCCUUAUCGCGUUAUUAUCGAUGCUCAAAUCGCUACAUACCCCAAGGGUCAAAGUGCUCGUCACCAGUAGGCCGGAACUGCCGGUCCGUCUAGGAUUCCAAGCUAUCAACGGCACAUACCAAGAAGUUGUCCUUCACAACAUAGCAGAAGAAAUCAUAGAAAAGGACAUAUUCACGUUCCUGAAGCACGAACUUGGUCAAAUACGGCUGGAGUACAACGGCAGCGUCAACUCAGAGCGACAGGUCCCCAUCGGAUGGCCAGUUCACACCGACCUCCAGGCAUUGGCUCAUAUGGCCAACCCUCUAUUUAUCUUCGCAGCAACUGUCUGCCGCUUCAUCUCAGAUCGUAAAGGUGGAAAUCCUGUGGCGAAGCUACAAAAGGUUCUGGGGUACCGAGGAGUUCGUGGCUCAAGACUUACUGCCACGUAUAUGCCAGUCCUUGAACAAAGUAUCGCAGACCUGUUGGCGGAUGACAGAGAAGAUGCCCUCAGCCGAUUCAGAGAGAUUGUGGGCUCGAUAGUGCUGCUUGCAGAUCCUCUCUCUGCGCACGCUGUGUCGCGCCUACUCGACAUUGAGUUGGAUACCGUCUUUGAUGUCUUAGACCUACUGCACUCUACCCUCAAUGUCCCAGAUUCGCCCAAAGAACCCAUCAGGCUACUUCACUUGUCAUUCCGCGACUUCCUUGUUGACCCACAAGGCCAGCAGGGGGUGUUCCGGGUUAACGAGAAGAAAACCCACCAAAAUCUAGCUUCACAUUGCUUUCGAAUUAUUCGCCAAUCAUUGGACAAGGCUGACAUCUGCGAAGUUGAAGCGCCAGGAACUCUGCGGGCAUCGAUAGCAGUUGAUUGGAUUAAUGAGAAGUUGAGCCCCGACGUCCAGUACGCUUGUCGUUUCUGGUCUCAUCAUCUCAAAGAAGCCAACGCAAGUAUUUCAGACGCUGAUGAGAUCUGGGGAUUUCUCUCUUCAGACUUCCUCCACUGGCUGGAAGCAAUGAGUUGGUUGGGCAGAACGUGGGAUUGUCUCCAGGCAAUCAGAGUUGUGCAAUCGCUGCCUCAGUCCGGUAAUUGCCAGAGCGUGCCACAGUUCAUCACUGACGCCGUCCGGUUCAUACAAUCCGUGCGCACAACGAUUCAAACCGCCCCUCUGCAACUAUACUCAUCGGCACUAGUGUUCGCUCCAACUUCCAGCGUUGUUCGUUCCAUCUACGAAGGAAAAAUUGCAAAAUGGAUAUUGUUGCCACCCAGAGUGCCUUCAGCCUGGGGCCAGGCAAUGUCCCUAGAAGGCCACACCAGCGUUGUCAGUUCAGUCGCGUUCUCACCUGACGGAAGGACAGUAGUGUCAGGAUCGAUCGAUAAAUCUGUCCGACUUUGGGAUGCCGAUACGGGCGCACCAUUACAGAUUCUCCAGGGCCAUAAUGGUGCAGUCAACUCUGUCGCAUAUUCACCGAAAAGCAGAACAGUGGUGUCAGGGUCGAACGACAGAACCAUUCGGCUGUGGGACGCUGACACGGGCGUAUUACUAGAAACGUUCAAGGGCCACACCGAUACUCUGAAAUCAGUUGCAUUUGCACCCAAUGGCCUGAUAGUUGCAUCAUCGAGUGUUGACUACACAAUACUGCUUUGGAAUAUUAAGACGGGGGAGAUGCUCCACAUGCUCGAGGGCCAUGACAGCAUAGUCUCUUCGGUUGCGUUCUCGCCCGAUAGUAAGACGGUAGCAUCGGGGUCUUGGGAUUGUACAAUACGGCUUUGGGAUGCUGACACCGGCGUGCUGCGGAAAACCAUUAUGGUUAAUGACAGCGCCCACCAUGACAGUGAUAUUCUUUCGGUCGCGUUUCCCCAUGACAAUGGUCGGAUGAUAGCCUCAGGACAAGGGAAUGGUGCAGUAAAACUCUGGCAUACUGCCACUGGCGAGUUGCUGAAAUCGCUACAUAACGGUGGAUACCGGGUUCCCUCAGUCAUCUUUUCGCCAAACGGCCAGAGGCUGGCAUCGGUGACAAUGAAUUCGGUCCAUUUUUGGGAUCUCAAUGCAAACACGGUCCUACCAACGUUCGAGAGCGAUAGAGGCGGCAACUCAAUUGCGUUCUCACCCAACGGCCUGACAAUAGCGUUGGCAGGCGACUACAGAGUACGACUAUGGGAUGUCAUGUCAUACAUAGAAUCACACACAAUCGGAUGCCCCAGCGCUACGGUUGCUUCGGUCGUAUUCUCGCCUGACAGACAAACAGUGGCGCUGUUCUGCAUCCGACAUGAUAGGACACGUUAUCCAUAUGCGUCGCUCUGGAACGCCAAUACUGGCGCUCCAUUAUACCAACUUGAAAACGCCAGAGGCCUUGUCUUCUCGCCUGACGGCAAGGUGCUAGUGUUUUGUUCGACUGAUGGCAUGAUGUGCAUUCACGAUCCUGGUACAGGUGCACGGCUACAAUUGUUGAAACAUGAACUUGUUGACGAAGUUGUAUAUUCGCCUGAUGGUAAGAUGCUAGCGUCGUUGUCGAGGGGGCGUGAAGUGCAGAUACGACUCUGGGAUGUUAAUACCGGCACACUGUUACAAACUCUCAAUCACGGUAAAAAUGUCACUUCUGACCAAACGAUCGUCUUCUCACACGACGGCAAGAUGCUACUGUCCGUAUUCAGAGAGAUUGUGUGGCUCUGGGACGUUGCUACAGGAAAGGCGAUACAAGAAUUUAAGCCGAACAACCGUUUAAUAAGCCUGGGAGCGUUGUCAGCUGAUAAGAGGUUGAUUGCCUUGGGCGGACAUGAGACGAUACAAGUUUGGGAUGCUGUUAGAGCCACAUUUGCGAACGGAACCGUGCAACUAUGGAAUACCGACGCAGGCACGCUACUCCAAACGGUCGAUAUUGGAGCUGAAACGAGUACACUGGAGUUUGACACCACAGGCAGCCUGAUUGCUACAGACGCUGGUACCUUCGCUGCACCUAGUCUCACGAAUGCGGUGAGUCAUAUGGCUAUUCCGGCGUGGGGGAUUAGCAGCGACAGACAAUGGAUAACAUAUGGGCGCAAUAACAUCAUGCGGCUCACUGCAGACUAUGUUCCGAGAAAAGUUGCUAUAUCGGAGUCUACUAUGGUUAUUUGCUGCACAGCUGGAAGAGUUUUGUUCCUGCGCUUCGAACACCCGUUCCCAACAAACUUGUUGCCUCGUAGCUCCACUGAGGAGUCACAGGCAGAGCUCAGAAGCUGA